AUGGACUUUUGUCACUGCAAGGGCGACUGGGACGGGCCGAUCGGGGCCAUCAGCGUCAAGAGCGCCAACAACAACGUCCUUCAAGUGGCGACGUGCCUCCACCCGAAGGAGACCGCCGACGCCUACACCUACCUCAUGUCCAACGCCCUCAAGAACCCGGAGAUGGCAGCGUUUCUCAACAAGCCCACCACGACCAUCAUCACCGACAAGCACAAGGGCUCGGAGUCUGCCGUUCCCAGGGUGCUGCAACUCGCAGAACACCUGAAGUGCGCGGAACACAUUCUGAAGAAUGCGGGGAUUACCGGACCGAGCGACUGUUGAUCCCAGCGUCGGAUCUAUCUUCGGCGGUCGAUUUCAGUUGUGGUGGCUUGCCGGCGGGCGGCAAGUUGUUGUCGGUCGGUGUUUUUUUGCCUGCUGCGAAGUGUUUUUGCUGCUGGCUCUUUUGCGGGUAUCGGGCUGGUGGUGCUGCGGGGAGAUGGCCGCGUUCAAUCUCCCCACGAACCGGCUGUGGUGAACAAAAAGGGGUGGUCAGAUGGACAAAAUAGGGUCGGAGGUUAUGUUUUUCUCGGGGUAAGGGUCGACCCUGCAGGUUUUAGGACAAAAUCGGGUGGUCUGCGGAGAGGUUUUUGUACGCGGCUGCGUCUACACUGUUUUAGGUUGUUAGCGGGAAAAAAAGGGUUGGAGAGGGUCGGCGCGCCUUGUGCGCGGCGGGUGGAGGCGCUGUGGCGCGAUAUCGUGCGGUAUUGGGUGUGUGCGUCGUCGCGCCGCGGCACGUUCAGAAGGCGUCCCGAUUUUGCACAUUGUACCCCAGGGACGUCCCGAUUUUGUCCAAUC